UGAAAAAUCAAUGUAAAUAUUUUCAUGGAUGAUGAUUUAUAAUACUAGCUUUUAAGGUUGCAGACAAACAUUCCAUUUCCAUUACAUUCGAAUCGCUAGAAACAGAGAUUGUGAUCCUCAAACAUGAUUAUUUUGUAUGGAAAUCGGCUCUGUCUUUAUACUUAUGUCUCGCACUGUAUAAGACAAGUAAGGUUAAAGCACUAGACCUCGCCACUGCUCUAGUCUUGGCCCCCUAAAUGCCAUUUUUUAUGUAUGAAGCGGCGAAGAAUUUCAGGGGGACAAAGCCUAGUGUUUUACCCUAGUAAUAUCUGGUUUGAAAUCGCAGAAAUGUCCCUCAUUACCAAAUAUAAUUCCGCUUCGAUGGCCAACAUUACCAACAAAUAUUCGGUACGGCUAUGGGCAAUCCCCUAUCUCCAGCAAUCGCGGAUUGGGUAAUGGAAACAUUGCUGGACACGGUUGUUCGAAUGCUCAAAAUCCCCCUACCAUUCCUACGAAAAUUCGUAGACGAUCUAGUAACGGCAAUCCCUCUCCACCAACUAGACCAUGUCAUGGAAACAUUCAACAGCUAUGACGUCCACAUCCAGUUCACGUACGAACUGGAGGUGGAUAACAAAUUGCCAUUCCUGGAUAUGCUCCUCAUCAGACAGGACAACCAGAAGAUUGCCACCCAAUGGUACCAAAAACCUAUCGCUAGUGGACGUUUUCUUAACUUCCAUUCAUAUCACCCACUCGGUCAAAAGCUGAAUAUGGCAAUAAACUUCGCUAGACGGGUAAACCAACUAACCACGAACCUGGAUCAACAAGCAAAAAUGCAGAUUGUUGAUGAACAACUCAAGCUAAACGAUUACCCGAAACCGCUAAGGCACCGAAUCGCCAACAGGAUGAAUGAGCGUUCCAACGACGAGAAUCAGCAAGAAAUCCUGGAAUAUACCUACCGUCGCAUUCCAUUCAUACCUCACCUGUCAAACAAGAUUGACAGGGUCUUGCAGCGAGAUUAUAAUAACAUACGACUCGCAAAGUACAACGUCCGAUCAGCAAGGGACUAUUUCACGAAGAUAAAGGAUCCAGUCCCACCUGAGCAGCAAACAAACGUCAUCUAUGCCAUUCCUUGUUGCCACUGCGAAGCUAUGUACGUUGGGAUGACAACCAAUCGCCUAAAAACAAGAAUACAUGGUCAUCAAACACACUACAACACGAUGGACAAACUGCUGGAACGAGGAAUCGACGUAGAGGACCAAGAAAUGAUUGCUCUCGGGGAAAAAACGGCUCUGAUGCACCACAGCAUCACAAAACAACAUAGAUUCGAUCUAGACAGAACGAAAAUACUAGACAAGAAUGAAAACACAAACACACUCCAAUUUCUAGAGAUGUGUCAUAUUGUCAACAACACGAAUUGUAUAAAUAGAAGGACAGACACAGAAGGGCUACAUGCGAUUUACGCAGGGAUAUUACACGAAGUAAGGAAUGUCAACAAAACACGAAAACGAAAUGAUACACAAACACGAAUGAAUCAGAACACACUCACACCACAACAAUAACAUUCUAGAUGAUGUACUACACACACUACAAGACACUAGUAGCAAGCACGGACAGCCAAGAAGCUGUCACGACUAAAAGCGUAGGCGAAAACUGUGCGAUUAUAACAAAUAGUUAAGCUCCAAACGACAGGCUUUUUAUAGCAAAAGCCACCCGCGAUACAGUGUCUUGCAAAAAUAUCGCCACACAUGCAGUGAGUAGACAAAUGUAACUUAAAAUGUAAGAUAGUAAUAUCACACUAUAUCCAUAGCCGAAGCGAGCGCCAUUUCAAAUUGAAUGGACAAUCAAAUAUAGAGCACUACCGUUCCGUACAAGAGAACAAAACUUCUAUUCCUUGAAAAUGGUAAAAUACAUUACCGAAACCGUCGGAAAUUGAAGCAAUAUUGUUCUUGCUGCUCUGAAAGACUGCCAAGGCCGGAAAACAUAACGUUUCUCUAGCUACAAUAUCCAGUCGUUAAGCAAUCCUUCCGUAUAAUUAAAAAGAUAAAAAAAUAGUAAAAAAAUCACCAGAAUAAUAUAGUAAAAUUCAUAGAGAAUGUAUGGAGGAAUUCAAAAAGCUUUGCAAUUUCCAUAAAUGUUGACAAUUUUAAGAAAUAAAUAUGACGAAUUCCUAAAUAAAUAGCUGCACUAGAGCUCCAUAGAUGAGUGCUUGGACAAAUCGCUGGUAUUUCUUGAGAAGUCACUAAACUACUUCUGGAGAAAUCAUUUUCAGAUUUCCAGAAAGCUCUUCUUUGGAGAUAUCCCCGGAUACAUUUCAGCUGUAUCGCCUUUUGGUAAAUUUGUAUGGUCUUUCAACUGCUACCCGAGCAGGAGAAAAUAGCUGAAGAAUAACAAACUCAGGUAUGGAGAACCGAAUACCUACAACCUGAAUGAGGUAUUAAGAAGCCCUGCAUAAGAGGUAAAAUACCUAAAAUAAUAACUGAUGUGUAUUCUGUGCAUAACACGCGAAUAAUGACUUCAGGUAUGGUAAUACCUAAAUAAUAAUCGGUGAUUUUUCCAUACAAAUAGUGAUUUUUCCAUAACUGAAUAAUACCUCAAUCAGUCCUCAAAACCAAAAUAAUAACUCGUUGAGGUAUUCUAUUAAUAGCUACAAAAUACCAAAAUAAGUUAUUUUCAAUACCUGGACAACCGACCAAUACCUGGUUUUGGUAUGAUACCUGACUUUGGUAUGCUCCAGUUAUGUGUCAGUUAUUCGUUCCUGCUCGGGUAGAGUAACUUGAGCUUGGAAGUACAAGCUUUAAAAAUUCAAUAACAACGCGCCGAACACGUCUUUACCGUCAAUCGUAUAAUGGAAGGAAUGUUAGUGUGACAUCCAAUGCUACCGAGUAGGAUUCUUCUUCUUCUUUAUGACUCUACGUUCCCACUGGAACGUGGCCGGCCUCUCUUCAACUUAUGUUCUUUGAGCACUUCUAUUGUUAUUAAUUGAAGGGCUUUCUUUGCCUGCCAUUGCAUGAAUUUGUACAUUGUGUGGCAAGUACCUACAAUGAUACACAAUGCCCAGGGAAUCGAGAAAAUUUUCUCGACCGGAACGGGAAUCGAACCCGCCAUCUCCGGAUUGGCGAUCCAUAGCCUUGACCACUAGGUUAACUGGAGACCCACCGUGUAAAAUAGUUUAGCCAAUAGUAGACCCUUAAACAAUAGUGGACCCCAUGCAAUUAUUCUCAAACUCCCUGCUCAAAUCUACUUCUACCGGGAGGCUAUGACUCAUGUGCCUAGACAGCAGUUCCAUGCGGUGAAACUAAGCUAGAAAGCGAUGAUUCGAUUAUUUAAGCAAAUUUGCAAAUGUGAGCAAGGCUGGAGGACCAGGGACCACUCACUAUUGGUCAAAUCUAAGGGGGGCACUAUUGUCAUCGAUUUAACAUAGUAAUAGGGUACCCCAACAAAACAAUAGUGUACCCAUCAUAUUGUUUUCAUGAUCAGAGUAAAUUUCAGCUACUAAGGGGUCUACUAUUGGUUAAAAUGCCGUAAACCUCUGCACCACCACAGUUGUCACAGGAAGGAGUAUGCGUUAGGAAGAAAACAAAAAUAACAUGAUCUAGGCUCAUCUUGGUAAGUGAUACAAUUCAUAUAACCUCGAUUAUUUGUAUACUUUAUUUGUACAGCUCAACCUUCGAACCGUUCGAAGAUUUUGAUAAAUACUAGCUGUCCUCGACAAACUUUGUCUAAUCUAGUGUGUUUUUGAGGUUUCAAGUCUCUAGCCAAGUUCAAGUCCUCGUUUAAAAUGCAGGAAUAUCAAUUUUCAAAAACUCUCAACUUUUCUGUUUUUAAAUAAAAAAAAACACUGGCUCUAGCGAUGUUGGCACCGAAACUUAUAGUGAUAAACCUUGCAAUAGUUGAUUAGUAACUGCUUACUAUUUAUAGAUUAUAAUAUAGAACGAGCUCACCAGACGGACUUGGUGGUCUAUUGGCUACCGCUUCUGAUUCGUGUGCAGAAGGACCUGGGUUCAAUCCGUGGCUCGUCCCUUUUCUCCUAUUUUGUAUCUUUCUAUAAACUUUUGCCCUCCUCUCUAAAUAUACAACUCAUGUAUAUUCAAGGGCCCAUAUAGCCGAGGCGGUAAACGCACGGGUAUUCAGCAUGACCAUGCUGAGGGUGACGGGUUCGAUUCCCGGUCGGUCCAGGAUCUUUUCGUAAAGGAAAUUUCCUUGACUUCCUUGGGCAUAGAGUAUCUUCGUGCCUGCCACACGAUAUACGCAUGCAAAAUGGUCAUUGGCAGAGGAAUCUCUCAGUUAAUAACUGUGGAAGUGCUCAUAGAACACUAAGCUGAGAAGCAGGCUUUGUCCCAACGAGGACGUUACGCCAAGAAGAGAGAGAGAGAGAGUAUAUUCACAUGUUCAUAGCCAUCGCUCGAACACAAACGGGUUGAAAAAGCCGUUCUCAUCCUUCCAACUUUUACAGCACAGUGUCAGUCUAUCAGAUAACGCCUACGAGUUAUGCAAUCAAGCAAACUGUGCCGCAUUAUCUUCAGAGUAAUAAAUACACUAAUUUAUCAUAUUAUGCCUGACAUCAACGCACGAAUGUGUGAACCCAUUGCCAACCAUAUCCCACCAAUACUCCAACAUUCGCAUGAACUUGUGUAGACGCAGAGGUGUAUUCGAUCUGUUGUGGAUCUUCACUUCCUUCUAAAUUCCCACAUUGACCUGCAACCUGACGUGGCAGGCGUCAUUGUCGCCUAAAAAUAGAAGAUCACCAACACUCAUACACUGAAGUUGCCUGCUUAGUCCCCGGCAGAUACAGGGGAUAGACAAAAUGAUCGGGACAGGCAAAAUUUUCACUUUUCAAAAAGUGUUCAACUAGGUGUAACUUUUCGAAAAGUGCAUCAAAUUUUCUCAAAUUUAUACUGUAAGUUCAUCAACUAGAUGUGUAUCAGUAGUCCAAAAUUAGAAAAGAUCGGGCCAUGCUCCACGAAGUUAUAAAGAUUCUUGAAAAAGGUAAAAUUAUCCGAUAGCCAACUUUGAGCUGUUAUAUCUCCGGAUUCAAUGAACCGAAUGCAAUUAAAUUUUGACCAUUUAUGACUUAUAUAAUGAGCUAUGAAAAACCAUUGACUUAACUUAAUAUUUUUAACACGGAAGAAAAUUAUAACGAUUAGAUUAUUUUUCUAAAAAAAUACCAAAUUAUCCAAAACACCAACAUCGUUUCAAAAUUCAAGAUGCAAAUAAAAGUUCAUUUAAUUUCCCUCUAAUUGACUUAUAUAUAAAUGUGUUUUGAAGGAAAGUAACAACAUAGCCACCAAUAAACUGAAAAUAUAAUAGAAUGCAUAUUAAAAAUUGCCCAAUUUACUAAAAAUUCGUGAAAAAAUUAAAAUCGCUAUAAUUUUGUCUCUUGUUAAAAAUUUCAAGUUGAGUCAAAUGUUUUCCAGAGUUCAUUAUAUAAGUCAUAAAUGGUCAAAAUUUCAUUUCGAUUAGUUCAUUGAAUCCGAAGAUAUAACAGCUCAAAGUUGGCUAUCGGAUAAUUUUACCUUUUUCAAGAAUCUUUAUAACUUCGUGGAGCAUGGCCCGAUUUUUUUCAAAUUUGAGUCACUGAUGCACAACUAGUUGAUGAACUCACAGUAAAAAAUUGAGAAUAUUUGAUGAACUUUUCAAAAAGUUACAGCCAGUUGAAUAUUUUUUGAAAAGUGAAAAUUUUGCUUGUCCCGAUCAUUUUGUCUAUCCCCUGUAUCUCAUUGGUUCCUCGUGUGAGUGUAACUGGUCUGGCGAUACUGGAUUAGCAUCCACGGGCGGUCAAUCAAGCUCAAGCUUAAGCUGAUAAUAAUAUGGAACGAGCUCACCAAUUUGAAUACAUCGGUAAACGAAACCCUGUAUGAACUGACAAUGCGAUGCAAAGAGAAAUAUAUUUGGAUCCGGCCUCUGAAAUCCAAUACAAACAAAAACGUCCCAGUAAUACGCGAAACGCCAACGCGAUGAAACAAAAUACGAUCUUCGCGAUGAUCGAUUAACCCUCUUAUACCCAAUCCCGCCUUUAGACGGGGUAUAGUUUGAGCAUUUUUGUAAUUUUUGUUUCGUGGAAAAUCAAUUUUUUUAUUUUUGGCUGAUAUUUAGGACUGUUCUGUAUAUCUCAAAAUAGUUUUUGGUGUAUUUUAAAGCGUAUUUCAUUUUUUUAAAAUCAUUGAAAAAUUGAUGUUUUAGUCACCUUUUAGAAGUCAUUGUUUAUUUUGUAUUGAAUCGCUACAAUUAACAUAUUUUAAAUUUUUCCCAAAUCAUUCUAUCAUUGUUUAAUAGUUUAAGGGAAUCGAAUACACUCUAAAAUUAUUUUCCUUGAAAUUACACGGAAAAUAAAAUUACCUGCGAAAAAAAUUAAAAUAAUAAUAUUUCAACAAUAAUCAUAAAAUGUUUUCAUCUCAAAAAAUCCGUUCCCCAAAUUGGCUUCGAGGAAAAAUAUAAAAGUGUGGGGAUGUUCAAAAAUAAAAAUUAGAAAAAUCAAAAACUGAAAUACACAAAAUCGAGAAUUGAAAAGAAUCAUCUUCCAAAACAUGUUUAAAUCGAUUUUAGAUGACAAAAAAUGAUAUUAGGAUCAAAAUCAUAAAUUUGGGUAUCAGAGGGUUAAAUUCGGUUACGCUUGUUGUUGAACGCGAAAUAAAUAUGUAAUGAUGUCAUUGUCACUGCUUCUAAAUUCAAUUCUAUACGAUAUUCAAUCACGAAACUCGAUAAUGACCCAGAAUAGAAACCUGCUCUCUAUUUAACCACUACGGCAGAAAUAUCACCCCUCGCCCUUCACCAUCCAUAUCGCCAACAGUUAUUUACUUUACAACCGAGGCCAACGCUAUUCAAUCUAUUAACAAUAACGCGAUAAUCGCCAUCAAAAGAAACCGCUUUCUUCGCGUGCCCAUAUCGGCUACCUAGCUAACUAGCAACCCUAGCUACUAAAUCAGCAACCAGUCAGUUAACCUGACAAACCAGCAGCCAGCGGCACCUCCUCUGUCAUCGUUUCAACAUGGCACUUUAUUGCCCAUGCCACCUUGCUUUGUAGGUAGCGUAGAACUACCGCUGCUCGUCUAAUCAUUUUCCGACCGCGAGCUCAAUUGUUUGUUAUUCCACGAAAUGUUUUUCCCGUACCGGACUCGCUUAACUCGCUCGUACACGGGGUUGAAACAGUGUGCAAUGCUAAUCGAUACUGUUCAGUGAUGAUCAAGGAUGUUCUAUAAUGCAAAUGAAUAUCUCAAAAGUCGUCGUUUGCGUUUGCUUCAGUCUUAUAUACUUGUAUACGGUAUACAGUGAUAGACAUUCGUUUAGCCGAGGCCAAACAAUUUUCAAAAAAGUGUCAGGAAACUCAUACAAAAGAUUUUAUGAUAAAACUUUUUUAUCGUAGUGAUAGUAUAUCUAGUACUGUUUUAUACAAAUGUGAUACAUCACACUUACAUAUACACUGAAACAAAAAACGAGGGUAAAAACCCUUCAAAUGUAAUUUUUUGCCUAGACAUUCGUUUAGCCGAGGUAAUAGAAAAUUUUGUUUUCAAUAGAUCUUUUGCAAUUUCAUGAGUAUAUUUCGAGGAUAUACCCCAAGGUAUUUAGUUUAUGACGUGUUGGCAAGAUAGUUGACUUUAAAAGUUUAUUUAUUUGUGAAAUUCAGGGAAAUAUUGUAAAAAAAUGUCCCGAUAAGGAGAAGCUAUGAUAACAAAUUUAUUUAAGAAAAACGAUUUCUGUAAACACUCAAACGUAAGCUAAAUUAUCAGUUUUGAAAAU